CGCCCGGUCCUUACAAGCAAUUCUUUCUUCACUCGCAUGCGCACGCACUCUUUCUCGCUCUCGCGCACUCACCCUCGCCGUCUUCAAUCCUCCAGUUUCUCUCCGCGCAGCGCCAUGGGACCCGGUUCCUUCCUGCUGAUCGCCCUCGCGAUCGCGUGCUCGGCCUCGCUCAUGCUCCCAGGGGCCGCGGCGGCGGCGGCCGUGCCUCAGCACUGCGCGGGGGACUUCGACAAGGUGACGUCGUGCCUGGACUUCGCGCAGGGGAAGGAGGCGGCGCCGACGAAGCAGUGCUGCGCGGCGGUGGGGGAGAUAAGGGAGAGCGACCCGGCGUGCCUCUGCUUCUUCAUCGAGCAGAUCCACAACGGAAGCAACCCGAUGAUCAAGAGCAUGAACAUCCAGGAGUCCCGCCUCCUCCAGCUCCCUUCCGCCUGCAACCUCAAGAACUCCAGCGUCAGCGACUGCCCCAAGCUUCUGGGCAUACCUCCAUCCUCUCCGGACUCCGCCAUCUUCGCCAACGCUUCUUCGUCCAGCACUUCUUCGUCCACGGCCGCUCCAGCGACUGCAGGAACAGGAACCCCAUCGUCGGCCAAAACAGCCAGCGACAGCUCGAGCGGGACUGUCCACCAAUGCAUGAGCGCCUUGGCGAUUAUUGUCGGGACCAUCCUUCUCGCCUGGUUUCCCCGUUGAUCCGAGCUUUGAGCUUGUCGGCAAGGCGGUGAAGGUCCAUCGAUGGCGGCCUAGUUUUUAAAUGUAGUGAAGUUUGGGGUUCCUUGUCAUUGCUCUUCUGCUGAGUUGGGACAAUCUCUCCACGUUACUUUGUACUUGGUUUUAGCAUGCUUUGCCUUUGUGAGUUUGGUGUUA